UCAAUGAAGAAAAGUAUCAAGAUCUAAAAGUAAGAACAACCUUCAAGGUUAACCAUUUGAGCCGAGAGAUGAGCUCUUUUAGCUUCUUCCCCUCAGUCUUACUCAUCUUUAUAAUAAACCACUGAUAUCUUUGUUACAACAUACUUCUUUCUUUUUUUCUUGGUUGCUACUAAUUGCUAUUGUUGAGAGAUGGAAGUAACAUGUUUGGGAGCAGAUGAAGCAUGGGACUUAUUCCGCGAGAAAGUUGGUGAAGUGACCUUAGAAAGUCACCCUGACAUCCCUGCGCUGGCGAGAAUAGUUGUUGAAAGAUGCAGAGGCUCACCGUUGGCAGUCAGCGUUAUCGGCGUGGCUAUGGCAGGCAAGAGCUUGGUGCAAGAAUGGCGGUAUGCAAUCGACGCUUUGACUUUAUCUGCGGCUAAGUUUUCAGGUAUGGAAGAUGAGAUCCUUCCGGUUUUGAAGUUUAGCUACGAUAGUUUGAAAGAUGAGAUAGUGAAACUGUGUUUCCAAUAUUGUGCUUUAUUCCGAAAGGGUGAACACAUAUGGAAAGAUCAUUUGGUUGAGUAUUGGGUAGAUGAAGGCAUUAUAGAUGGGAAAGAAGAUAGAUACAGAGCAGAAGAGGAGUGCUACGAUAUAAUAAGAUACCUCGUUCGUGCUUGUCUAUUGGUUGAGCAUCAAUAUGGCAACACAGUGAGCAUGCCUAGCCUGGUUCGUGAGCUGGCCUUGUGGGUAGCAUCAAAUUUUGGGGAGGAGAAAGAAAACUUUAUUGUGAAACCCAAUGAAAAACUUGGUGAAGUUCCAAAUGUCAAGGACUGGGGACAAGUGAGUAGGAUGUCAUUGUCGGAAAAUAAGAUCAAGAAAAUAAGUUGCAGUCCAGUUUGUCCUAAGCUUAGAACCCUGUUACUCGGGUCUAAUAACCUGGAGAAGAUCUCAAGUGGGUUCUUUAUGUGUAUGCCUAAUCUUGUGGUUUUGGAUCUAGCAGCAAACAUUGGCCUCAGAGAGCUACCUGAUGGGAUUUCUAGGCUCAUCUCUUUGCAGUAUCUCGACUUGUCACAUACAGAUAUAAAGCAACUGCCUCUAGCAAGUUUAAAAGAGUUGAAAAGGCUUCAACACCUGAACCUUGAGUUUACAGGCUUCCUCAAAGAAAUUUCUGGGAUAUCAAGUUUAUCUAACUUGCAAGUUUUGAAGCUCUAUGCUUCCUUUGAUUUAGAUAUCAAUCUCGUGGAGGAACUACAGCUUCUGAAGCAUUUAAAAGUCUUAACAGUCUCUGGAGGUGAUGCCUAUGUCUGGGAACAGAUGAUGAGUAAUCCUAGAUUAGCUAGUUGCACUCGCAAUAUGUAUUUUUACAAAUGUGAAGCAGGAGAAACUGGCAUAUCAAUUGCAGCGACUUCUAGUAGGCUUGAAGACCUUACAAUAUAUGAGUCGAACAUAAGAGAGAUAAAGAUUGAUCAGAGUAGUCCAAAAACCAUGUGCAACUUCCAGUACCUUGUCAAAGUGGAGAUAAGUGAAUGCCAAGGUCUGCAGGACUUGACGUGGUUGCUCUUUGCUCCGAAUCUUGGUUGGCUAGAUGUUAGCGAAUCACCGCAAAUCGAAGAAAUAAUAAGCAAAGAGAAAGCUGCCAGGUUUAUGAAUGGUGAAGCAGAUGAGACUAUGAUGCCCUUUCUCAAGUUGAAAAACCUUGAUUUAGCUUAUCUGGACCAACUGAGUAGCAUCUACUGGAGUCCUUUGUCUUUUCCAUGCCUAAUGAAAAUCAGUAUUUUCGGCUGUCCGAAUCUCUUGAAACUACCUCUUGGUUCCAGCAGCGCUAACGGCUGUAACCUUGUCAUUCAUGGAGAGGAAGAGUGGAUAGAGGAGCUUCAAUUUUAUGAAAAAGGUACUAAGGAACAGUUCACCCUGAAAGGUCGAAAGAGUGAGCCUGUGGCUGCUUAUCCACAAAGCCAGUCGGAGUUAGAAAUGUUGAGGAAGAGAGUAGUGGAUCUUGAAGAAGAGAACAGAUCAAUCAAACAACGGCUUGAGAGGAUAGAGAGGUUUUUAUGGCAGCAACAGCAACUGCAGCAGGCAAGGGCGCAUCAGCAACCAACAACGGGCAUGCUUCCACCACAAACUGUAAUUCACCAACAGAGGCAAUCCCAAAGAACACUUCCAGACAUGCCAUCAAAAUCAGAUCAAUAAAAGAAAUAUACUUACCAGAUAUGAAUGCUAAAUACUAGAGAGCAAGUUGUAGGGGGUAAGUAAGAGUCUCAGAGCAGUUUGAGAAAUCGAAGAAGUUGAAGGCAAUGUGUUUCAAGGAGUGGAUAGCAGGAGGACCAGAUUACACGUUUCUUGAAUAUAAAAAGCCAAGCCAGACAACAUUCAAUAUCAAUUUCAUGAAAUAAGAAGAAACUUUAUGUGUGUUUCAAAAAAGGAAAAAAAAAAGAAGAAACUUUAUGUUCAUUUUCCGUUAAGUGUUGUUAUCCCUUUAAAUUGCUCUGUUUCUAGCAGGAUUCUGUCAAGUUGUGAUACGAUAUGAACACAAAUGCUUUCUUUCUUGAUUUGUGUAUGGUUUUCUGCAGUAUUUCUCAUCUAUAUGCUGAACAAUGAACAU